UAGGGGGCGGAGGAGGCUGCCUGAUCCAGGCGGUUGUUAGCGGAGCGGGAAGCGCGCAACGCAGGAACGCGCGGGGGGCCCCGGCCGUCCGUUAAUGGGGAAGGGGAGCUUGCUUGGGGUCGGCUUUGGGGCCCUUAGCGGGUAGGCGGCGGCGGCGGCGAUGCUGCCCUGGAGGGGCGAUCGGUUGCAGCCACCCCAGCGCAGGCCGGGCAUGGUGCCGUAGCGGCUGUUGGAGGAACAGCGCCGAGACGGAGGAGGAAGGAAGCCGGGAGCGGACGGGCAAAGCAACAAGGAACCCCCUCUUCCGCCCCGGCUGGGGUGAAGACCCAUCACACGGCCAGUCUGCCCCACAUCUCAGAAAAGAAACAGCAUGGCUGCAAAGGAGAAAUUGGAAGCAAUGUUGAAUGUGGCCUUACGGGUGCCAAGCAUCAUGCUUUUGGACGUCUUAUACCGAUGGGAUGUCAGUUCCUUCUUCCAGCAGAUCCAAAGAAGUAGCCUAAACAACAAUCCCCUCUUCCAGUACAAGUAUUUGGCCUUUAAUAUGCAUUACGUGGGUUAUAUCUUAAGUGUUGUGCUCCUAACCUUGCCCAGACAACACCUGGUUCAGCUCUACCUGUAUUUUCUAACUGCACUGUUGCUGUAUGCUGGGCAUCAGAUCUCCAGGGAUUAUGUAAGAAGUGAACUAGAAUCCGGUUAUGAAGGGCCGAUGUACUUAGAGCCUCUUUCCAUGAAUCGUUUUAUGACAGCCUUAAUCGGUCAGCUGGUGGUGUGCACCCUUUGUUCUUGCGUCAUGAAAACCAAACAAAUCUGGCUCUUCUCUGCUCACAUGCUCCCUCUACUGGCCCGGCUUUGCUCGGUUCCUCUGGAAACUAUUGUCAUCAUCAACAAAUUUGCAAUGGUGUUCACUGGCUUAGAGGUCCUCUAUUUCCUGGCGUCGAAUCUUCUGGUGCCAUACAAUUUAGCAAAGUCUGCCUAUAGAGAACUUGUCCAGAUAGUUGAAGUUUAUGGACUGCUGGCCCUGGGGAUGACUCUGUGGAACCAGCUGGUGGUCCCUGUUCUCUUCAUGGUCUUCUGGCUUGUACUGUUUGCUCUUCAGAUCUACUCGUAUUUCAGCACUCGGGAUCAGCCAGCCUCUAGGGAGAGGCUUCUCUUUCUCUUCCUAACAAGUAUUGCAGAAUGCUGCAGCACUCCCUACUCCCUGCUGGGAUUGGUGUUUACUGUCUCUUUUGUGGCACUUGGCGUUCUAACGCUCUGCAAGUUUUACCUGCAAGGCUACCGAGCAUUCAUGAAUGAUCCAGCUAUGAAUCGGGGGAUGACAGAAGGAGUCACACUUCUGAUCCUGGCUGUGCAGACUGGACUAAUUGAAUUGCAAGUGGUGCAUCGGGCCUUCCUGCUCAGUAUUAUUCUCUUCAUUGUGGUGGCAUCCAUCCUGCAGUCCAUGCUGGAGAUCGCGGAUCCCAUUGUUUUAGCUCUGGGAGCUUCAAGAGACAAGAGCCUUUGGAAGCAUUUUCGUGCCGUGAGCCUGUGUUUGUUCUUGCUGGUCUUCCCAGCUUACAUGGCCUACAUGAUCUGCCAGUUUUUCCACAUGGACUUUUGGUUACUGAUCAUCAUUUCUAGCAGCAUUCUCACCUCCCUCCAGGUCCUGGGGACGCUCUUCAUUUAUGUCUUAUUCAUGGUGGAAGAGUUCAGAAAAGAGCCGGUAGAAAACAUGGAUGAUGUUAUUUACUAUGUGAAUGGCACCUAUCGGCUUCUGGAGUUCCUUGUGGCUCUUUGUGUUGUGGCCUAUGGGGUAUCAGAGACUAUCUUUGGAGAAUGGACUGUGAUGGGCUCAAUGAUCAUUUUCAUUCAUUCGUACUAUAAUGUGUGGCUUCGGGCUCAGUUGGGAUGGAAAAGCUUUCUUCUCCGCAGAGAUGCAGUCAAUAAGAUUAAAUCACUGCCCACUGCCACCAAAGACCAGUUGGAACAGCAUAAUGAUAUCUGUGCCAUCUGCUAUCAGGACAUGAAAUCAGCUAUUAUCACACCCUGCGGUCAUUUUUUUCAUGCGGGCUGCCUCAAGAAAUGGUUGUACGUGCAAGAAACCUGUCCCUUGUGCCAUUGCCAACUUAAAAAUACAACUCACCCCCCUGGGUUAGGACUGGAGCCGCUGCCACAAGUAAAUCUUGGAGCAGAGCAACGCACUGUUCAGCAAGAAGCUCCUGGCGCCCCCAAUAUUCAACACCAGGAAGAGACUGGAGGUGAGCCUGUGGACAAUGGACAGGCUGUCAUGGGGCCAGGUUCCAUGCAGGACUCUGUUGAUGUCACGGAAGGCUACAUCACUCUGGACGGUGCAUCUUCUAGUGAGGCCAACCAGAUAGCAGCUGCCCCAGAAGGACUGGCUGAAGAACAGGAAGAGAUAACACAAGAAUUAAGAGGGGGCAUCCAGAAUUGAACUAGCAAAGGCUGGUGCAAGAAUAAGCACCCCAGGGCUCAGCAGAUGGAGUCUUCUCCUUUUUCUUCUUGUGAGCAAGUUUAAUUCUCAGAAUGCUGGCCAAAAUGUAUUUAUAAUACCCGUGCUGAUUUCUGUGAGCUGCUUGGUUUACAGGGCUGCCAGUGCAUUCCACUGGAAACUGCUUUUAGAAUCUGCCUCCGUGUUACAAAAGGGCAGAAUCUGGGAAUCUGAGUUGAGUAUUUGGGGCUGAGAAUCUCAAGGGAGGGAAUGCAAGAAGAGGGUGAAGAGAGAGAGAGAAAGACUAGUGAAACAAAAGUCAGUAUUGCUCAUAUUGAAAUGGGAAAAUAAAACAGAAGGUCAAAAGUAGUAUGUACAUCUCCUUGGCCUCAUCGUUCUGAGUGAAUGGAGCUCAGUCAAGAACACUGACGAAAAUCAUGUAGAGGCCUGGAGUUCAAACAAUGCCAGUGUGGAGGACUGUGUUGGGCUAGAGUGGUGCUCAAGUAUGUUGAGGGGUAAUGCUUUGGGCAUGUCAGAUAGGGCAUUUACAUUCAUGUAAUCUAUAGCAAUCUUGACUUUUUAUGCUGGAGUCUUCAACACUUAAAUGUUUAAUCUUUUUUAAAACAAAAAAACAGACAUUUUGGAUAGCACAGGCAGUAUGAAGUAAAUUAAAGCUCCAGUGAACUCUCUCUCACCUCCACCAGUGAGUGCAGGAGAGUGACGGGAGGAGCUUUAGGCUGUGGAUUGAAGCCUCCUCAGUGCUAUUCGGUUUCAUAUAUAUAUAUAUAUAAAAAAUUCUUGCAGCUGAAUUAAAGCAGUAUUAAUCUCCUGGCAAUAUUUGCACCUUUGGGAAUGAGUACAUAAAUUGUAUGAUCAAAUGCCGCAAAUGCCAAUCCUAAGGCUGUUAAUAGGAUCUGCACCUAUUUCUCCCUUUGCCCUUCCUCCUUGAUAAGGUUGUGCGUGUAUUUAAAUUUUUACAUUCAUCAUGGCUUUUUAGGUAGAACUGGGGGUGGGGUGGGAGCUGGCAAUUUUUUAUGUGAAUUUUGAUAUGAAAAGGGACGAGUCACUUAUUUAUACAUUAGGCUUGGCACUCAAAAGUGUGGAUUUUUUUGUUUUGUGAAUUGUAGGCAUUUUAUUUUUAGUAGCGAACUUGCGUGUAGACUGACAGACAUAACUGGAUGUCUUAAUAAACAACGUUUGAAGUUUUUUUUUUUACAUUUGAUUGUUUUUCUUCAUAGAGAGAUUUUCUUAAUAAAUACUCAAUAGACUUGAGGAAAACUUAAUACCUACAGGCCUUGCUUUCCAGUAAACUGUCAUCGUGAUUGGACCAGUCUAGGAAGAUGGGAAUAUUCUGUUUGAUACUUCUGGUUUGCUGUUCCAUCAUGUGCCUUAAGGAAUUUUAGAUCUGUUCUGCCAGUUUAGGCAUUCUCAUGACUUGCUCAAAUAAACGGGAGAUGUCCAGUUGGCCAUAGCUCCACUGCAGAAAGUCACACCUAAAUUGGAAUGCCUGUUUCAGUAGGACCUUGAGAAUUGCACUUUAGUUCUAGACCGUCGUCGUUUCAAAAACGGAACAGCCAUUCCUUACUCUGACUACAAACAUUGGCAACUAGGCCAAGAUAAUAUCCUUGUGUAUCUUGAUUUCUCCUUUGAUGUCAUUCUUGUGGAGAAAGCAAACUUCUGUAUUGGCUAUACUGCUUCAGAUUACAAUUGGGGUUACCUGCAAUUUGUUGUGCUUCUCUAUGAAAUUAACGUAUUAAUAGAAAAUAGCCUGGCUAGUCCAGAUUCCUUUGUCCCUGCCAUAUAGUUUCCUGUGUUUGCAAAGGAUAGAAAGCAAGUGCCUGAUACUCUAUAUGUAGUCUGAAAUGAUUCAGUCCUUUUGCUGGCUUAUCACUUAUGUAAGAAUCAGGCCUUGGUCAGUCAUUUGAAGUCAGACUAGGAACAUUUAUUUUAUUUAAAAUAAUUAUGAGUUUAAAAGAGUGGUUUUGCUUUGGAACUCAGCUCAGCCUUGAUUUAUGGACCAAUUACUUUGUUUUAGCCUCACCAGUUUGCCUUCUGGAUAAUGGAUACCCUCACAGCGGAAGCCAUUUUGUGAAAGUGUUCACAGAAUGUUGACCACAUUUUAAAUAUGCCCAGUAGCCCCUAAGUUGCUUGCCAAACUACUUUAAGAAGAAACCCAUUUGCAGUGAGAUACCCUGAGGCAUUAGAGGAGGCACUAGGACUUGAGAGGCACUUAGAGAUUAAGAAAAUCAAGACGCAACUGGCAAGGUGAUUAUAAAAAUACCUAAAAUAUGGUUAAAUUUAUUCUAAUUUUCAGGAAAAUGUUUUCCCAGUUUUAAAAGGAAAUAUUAGAGCUGCCUCAAUAUCAUAACACUUCAGAGGUAUCUGCAAGUUUAAUGAUGAUGGUUUAGUGUUUGCAGCAUUCUUAUUCAGCUGUCCUAAGCAGCAUUAAUUUAAAAGAAAUCAAUAGGACUUCUCAGUAUAUGUAAUUACAAUCUGAUUGUUUUCUAUACAAUGUAUAUUGUAAUUGUUUAUCUUGUCAACCCUAAGAAGGAAGUCAAUAUAAUUCCCAUUUUAGAGAUGAGGACUUGUGGUUAAAAUUGCAAUCCUAAGCCUUUUAUCAAAUAUAGGCACUCAGAAAAUGGAUUACUUAUCUUUAUGUGGCCAGAACAGCACCAAAUCUGCACAGAAAGGAGACAGAUGCAUAUUUAGAGAAGUACAACAGUGCAAGAAAGAGCAAGCAUGUUCAUGGGUACAGAAGUCUGAGCGUUAGUGGGGUGGCAGAAUGACACAGAAAACAGCAGAGGAAAGAUGGUAACGACAAUCAAAAACCUAAACAGGAGCAAUGGAUGGAGCAGUAUUUGGUCUGAUGCCUCCCAGUAUUGCAUUGAUUAAAGAUGUAUUAUAGUUGAAGAGGAAUUCAAACCUCAUAAUAGAAUAAGGACUGUGGGGCAGAAACUCAUGAAAUGUCUCUGUUGCCCAUUAGUUCCCCAUCCUCAUGUACCCGCUGAACCCACUCCUUGGAGUCUCCUGAACUCUCCAGAACAUUUUCUCAGAAUUUCAGGGUGUUCUGGACUCUCGCUAGUUGCAAGAAGCCCUCAGGCUAGGAUGCAAAGAGCCAGUUUGGUCUAGCGGUGAAGGCCCCAGGCUAGAAUCCAGGAGACUCUGAGUU